AUGUCUCUCACCGCGCUGGCUGCCUACAGUUCGUGCUUUGAUGCCACAGACGAUCGAGAUCGACUCUGUGGUGUCAGGGCAAUUGCCACCGAUACCUGUCUUCUGAGCGUCGAUUACUCUCUCAGCGUCGAUUACUCUCUCAGCGUCGAAGAGGUCUACCUGCGUUUUUUGCAAUCUUUCAUCGAGCAUUACAGGUCUCUGGAUGUCAUCUGCUUCGCUUCCAUCUACCGUGCGAUACCUGGUUCUUCCCUCCCAUCUUGGGUCCCCGACUGGCGGAGGAAGGUGGACCCUCUGGUCGUUCCACUGAUGGUCAGUCAAAGUUCAAAGACUCAUAUUGGGAAUUUCCGGCCACCGUUCUCGGAUCGUUUCGAGGCAAGCGACGCUUCUCGUUUCUACGCCGCGUCCGGAGGUAUCGCGGCCGUGUAUCGCUUUGAAGGCACGAAACUCAUCACCCGCGGAACUAUCUUGGGAACGAUUGAUGGGAUGGCCGGAUCCACGAACACCAAUCUGGCAUAG